AUGGAUGGGGUGCACGUUAUUGAACCCCAGGAGAUCGAGGCGAUCUACGUGAAGACGCCAACGCCCCUCAUUCACUACAUGCUGGCCGUGCUAGUGAUGUUGGUGCAGCAGUUCUCCGGCGUCAACGCAAUCCUGCUCUUCGCCUGCGGUCCACUUCACGCGGGCUUCGGAUACGCCUCGCACGACACAUUCAUCGUGCUGUCGUCCUUGCAGCUGGUGACGACCGCAGUAGCUGCUCAGCUGCUGGACGUCGUGGGGCGUUUGAAACCGCUGGCGGUGUCCGUGGUCGUGAGCACUGGGAGCGUGAUGGCCUUGGGCGGCGUUUACUUCGGCGUCUCGCACGAUGAGCCGGCGUUCGAUGCGCACCUCGCCGCUCGCAUCACCGUAGUCUGCAAGGUCAUCUUCACUAUCGGUUUCUCUCUCGGUCUCGGUCCGGCGUCCUGGGCUCUCGCCGUCGAACUGGCACCGCUACGUAACAACGGGUUCGAGUUCGGAAGCGUGUGCGCUUUCCAUUGGGCCUCGGCGCUCGCCAUCAUCAGCAUGUUCAGCAUCGUGGGCACCACGACUGCGUCACUGGCCCUGCUGGUCUUCUUAUCCGCCGCCGUUACGUUCGCGGGCGGCAUGACCGCCUUAAAACUACUGCCGGACACGCGAUGCGUCAGCCUCGAGGGAAUCCUACUGCGAGGCCAGGCUGAAGGGACCACCCGCAGGGCGUCGGACAUUAUGGAUGCGCUCAAACCACCCGACGCACUGCAGCAGAUGACCAAGACAGAACAUGAAGACCACAAGCCACUGCGAGGCGAACACAAAAGGCACCAGCCCAAAGAGGAAGCGCACCAUUCGGCUGGCCGAUUGUCCGCUACGAGCGCCUCCAAGUCAAAGGCCAAAGCUCACGCUAAGUCUACGGCCAAGCCUCAAGCAACGGCAGAACCUAGAGCUAAGCCCGAGGCCAGGGCUAAAGAUGGCGCUGUGGAAGCGGUUGCGUCCCGUGAGGCUGAGGUUAAGUCCGGCAUGCUGAGGACGGAAACGCCCGUCGUUUCGCCCGUUGAAGAAGCUCCGGAGAAGCAGGAAAUUUCAGGCAGCGACGAGGAAGAGCAACCGUAG